AUGAGUUGCCGUGAGGCCACGGCUGACGACUGUGUCACGCACACACAGCUCGCUGCCGCACGGCCGCAGAAGUCCGCGGCUUUCAGCGCUUGGGUGAACGAGCUGCUGGACCCUGGCACCGGACGGGUGCACAACCUGAGGUCGGUUGAGGAGGUAGACUUCACCGACUUUCUUGACGACAUUCGAGAGCCAGGUCUUAGCAACGAGGCACGCCUGGACGCCAUCAAGAAUUACAUACCAGAGCUCCGGGAAGACGGUAUCUACACAGGGCUUGGGUAUGAGGAUGAGAUGAACCGAGCCCUCCUGUCCGUGCUCAGUGCUUUGUGGCUGCUGGUGGAUGACUAUCCCAGUAUGGUGGAUUGCCAGAAGAUCACACAGAGGCUGUCGCAGAGGACCUUCGAGUUCAUCAAGGAGUUCGUGGGCGCUAAGCGGAUGAAGGACGCGCAGCUUCAAGCCGUCUUCAUCCUCCUGUCGCUGCGUGGUCUCAGCAAGAAUUCAGACUUCGCAAAGCUCUGCCCGCCGUCGGAGCGGCGCACGCCGGAGCAGGUCUUGGCCUAUGCCACGACAAACCUCGAUGCCUACUUGCCGUCCAUUGCAAACCUUCGCGGAGAUGCGUAUGACAUCCUUUCAGCCACGGUCCGGAUGCUCGGGGCGUUCAACUUUGCUCAGAUGCUGCAGGGGGAAAACAACCCUCACUCCAUCUGGCAGCUCCAGGGCGCGCUGGAAGAAGAGGGCGAGGAGGUCUUCCAGACCUUCCUUUUCGUGCAAGUCUGCCUCUUGUGUGGAGUCACGGGUAACAUCACACUUCGUGGCUCCAUGUUUCUCAGCGAGCUGAAUGGGCGCAGCGUGCUCAAAGGCCUUGCGUGUCUGCAGGACAUCGUGGGCGUGGAUCCGAACAAAGUGUACUGGAGCUAUAUUGCCAGCCGUGCCGAAGCUCUGGAGCUUCAUGUGCAGACGCCGAGCCAUCUGGUACUAGCCAGACUCGCAUGCCUGACACGCUCCGUGGAGCCUGCGGCACUCCGGGCUAUCGCAAGUGACUGGGAUCACCUGACGGAUUCGGAGAGAGAUGCUCUUUCGGAGAUCUUCCUGUCAGACGGCCACUAUGACAAGGUGCGCACAUCUCCAGGAAUCCUCAUGCCUUGCAGCCUAGCACAGCUCCCCUUUUGGCAAGCGUUGGACCCAGAUGAACAGAAUGAUCUUAUCAGCUGCGCAGAGACCGGAUGA